AAAACGGCACGAGGCGUAGAUCUCUAGCGGCGGGGCAUGCAGGCGGCAGGCCUCUUGCACAUUCUCGCACGAGGUGCUAGAAGUUGCUGGGUGCGGAUUUUUGCACAUAGUGGGGCGGCCAUGACAUAAUGGGGCGGCCCUAUGGAAACAGCAACGCAGGGCCCCGGGCUGGGUUGCUGCUGCCGGCUGCGGCCCCAGAUAUAAAAUGCUUGACGUGGUCGCCCCACCUCGGACUGGGAAUUUAUUCUGUAAAUUGAACUUUUCCUUCGUUCACUUCAGCCUCCAGUCACUUCACACACUAAGCCUAAUAAAAUGUCCGAUAUUAUGUCCAUGGUUUCCUCGAUGACCGAGUUGACUGACAUGUCCACGAUGACCGACAUGAUGUCUUCCAUGACCGACAUGUCUUUCAUGACCGACAUGUCUUCUAUGACCGACAUGAUGGACUCUUCCAUGACAGACAUGAUGGACUCUUCCAUGAUGAUGGACUCUUCCAUGAUGAUGGACUCUUCCAUGAUGAUGGACUCUUCCAUGAUGAUGGACUCUUCCAUGAUGAUGGACUCUUCCAUGAUGACCUCCAUGUCGGACAUGAUGUCGUCCACGAUGUCUAGCAUGAUGUCUGACUCGUCUGCCUCUGGCAACUCGAGCUCGUCAAGCACGGCCUCGUCGGGCGCCGAGGCUGUUGCCGCCAGCUGGAAGAAGGGUGCUGCCAUUGCCGCUUUGGUCGGUUUCUCUUUUGCCGUCAACGUCUUGUAGGAAGGCUCUGGGAGCCAUGCUUGCUACGUUCUAAGUACGAAAUAAUAUAACUUCUAAGUACGAAAUAAUAUAACUAUCUCCUUACAAUUACCGUCACAC